ACGCCCGCGCGGCACAGGCAGACGCGCACAGCCACCUCCCUCACGCUCCUACUAUCAUACUGGCCGUUCGAUCCCCGCCAGGCGCGACCCAAACCGUCCGAUCGCCACGGGCGGGGCCCGCGCGACCGCCACUUGCCUCUCCCGGAAGCAAGCCGGGCUUCCUCCUCCUCGCCGUCUCCGAUUCCCAGUCAACCCGUGCGGCGUGCGGCGGACGAACUCCCCCAAGGCCAAAAGGAAAAAAAAAAAAAACUUCCGAGCGCAUCCGACGAGGACGGGAGAGGGAAAAAAUUCGAUUCGAGGGGGCGAGAGAAGCUUGGCGUCGGCGGAAGGGAGGCGGGCGGCGGAGAUGGACGGCGAGUGGUGGCGGAAGAAGUGGGUGGCGUGGGCGGCGGCGGCGGCGAUAUUCGUGGUGCUCAUGCUCGUCACCCCCGCCAUCCCGCAGAACGAGGACUACCACGACUUCGCCGACCAGCGCUCCCUCUUCCUCGGGAUCCCUAAUACGUUGAACGUGCUCUCAAACAUCCCCUUCCUCUUUGUCGGUCUCGCUGGGCUCAUCUUGUGCCACUACAAGAACUACUUCAGGCUAUGCUCACAGGGGGAGCUUUGGAGUUGGACGCUCUUCUAUGCUGGUGUCACUGCUGUCGGUGUUGGUUCAUCCUACUACCAUCUCUACCCGAACGAUGCCACCUUAGUUUGGGACAGAUUGCCCAUGACGAUUGCUUUUACUUCUAUCGUGGCCAUUUUUAUCAUUGAAAGGGUUGAUGAUAGGGCUGGAACAAAGUCCCUUGCACCCCUUGUUAUUGCUGGUGCACUGAGCAUCCUGUACUGGAGUUUCUUUGAUGAUCUUCGGCCAUAUGCAAUAAUCCAGUUCGUUCCAUGCAUUGUAAUACCCGUGAUGGCUAUAGUUAUUCCACCAAUGUAUACACAUUCAAGCUACUGGUUGUGGGCAGCAGGAUUUUACCUUCUUGCCAAAGUAGAAGAGGCUGCGGACAAACCUAUAUAUAGGUGGACACAUGACAUUGUUAGUGGACAUACUCUUAAACAUCUAUGUGCUGCGAUGGUACCUGUUUUCUUGACUCUUAUGUUGUCAAAGAGGACAAUUGAACCUGACAGGGUAAGCUUACUCCAGAUGUGGAAGAUCAGUUGGAGAGAAGGCGGUUCCAAAGAUAGCAACACGGUAGAUGUCAAAUAUGAUUAUGCUGCAGUUUCAACUACGUCUGAACAACAGUAGAUAUGUGUUUUUCAUAAUGUACCCCGAAGUGUAAAAAUAGUAUCCAUCUGAAUAUCAGGAGCCCCAGCGUGCACGGUUGUGUAUUUAUUGCCUGCUAAUCGACAUUCGUGCGUGGUUUUCCCUGAUCAAAUCUUGUACAGGGAGGAAAAAUGUAUAUCAGUGGCCUCAUCAGCUCUUUGUGCUCUA